AUGGACACCUUAGCAUAUAAUACCCCGUGUAAAGUCCGGCAGUGUUCUCAGUGUCAGGGUGACACAGAAUUCUACUGUAACAAGUGUAAACAUGACCUGUGUCUACAGUGUAAAGAGAAACAUGUUAUAGAUCUUGAUUCCAUAUACCAUGAUGUUGUGCUUUACCGUGAAAAAUAUGACCAUAUUAUAAAACAAAAGAAUUGUGAGAGACACCCAGACAUGUUGUAUCAAAAGUACUGUUAUUCCUGUAAACUUCCUAUCUGUUUCCAAUGUACAGAACACAGAAAACACAAUAUACUUGACAUUAGAAUGGCAUACAAAACAAACCGACAACACCACAGAGAAAUCGUUCACAACAUCAGAUGUGAGACUCUCUGUAACAACAGUUGUGUUCUGGCAGGAAUCAGAUCUGAUAUAAAAACUUAUCACCCAGAAAUCCCCAACAAUCAGUCAAAGAUGUUAAUAAAAGCCCAGGAACUAAGGAACCUCAUAGACACUGUAAUGUGUAAUGUCAAAAUCAGACACAAAAGAUUUAUUCAAAGUUUACAAAAAAAUAGAAAACAUCUUUUUAACAUAGAAAACUUUGAACACAGAUCUGAACAGUUAGCAAACAGACCGCUAGAAUUCAUCAUGUUACUAAAGAGAACUCGUGUACAGAGGUUAAAGGACACCCCUAGUUUCACACAAUUCGCUCUGGUCUGCCUGAAUGAGGAAAUCAAACGGGAGGAUGUGACUGAUUUACUGGGUGAAAUCCAAAUCAUAGAGACAGAAAAAAGACAAACAAGGUCUGGAUCAGUGAUGGUAAAAAUCUGA